AUGGCAGACUUUAAACCCAAGAGUAUCCUUAUCUUUGGCGCAACAGGCACUAUCGGCCGAUACAUCACCAAUGCUAUAGCAAACGCUGAGCCCGCGUUUGGCCAGGUCGCCAUCUUUACUUCCGAGGACACAGUCAUCAGGAAGCAGAGUCUUAUCAAAGAACUUAAGUCAAAGGCUGUCAAGAUCGUCACCGGAGAUGUAAAUAAUGAGGAAGACGUCAAGAAGGCUUAUCAAGGGGUCGACACAGUCGUGAGUGCCGUGGGAAGAAACGUCAUCGAAACCCAAAUCAACCUCUUCAAGCUCGCGACAGAAUCAGACUCUGUGAAAUGGUUCUUCCCUUCUGAGUACGGCACAGAUGUCGAGUAUGGCCCCCAGAGCGCCGAUGAGAAGCCGCAUCAGCUUAAGCUUAAGGUUCGAAAGUAUAUUCGAGAGAAUUCGAAUGGCCUCAAAUAUACAUUUGUGGUUACAGGGCCAUACAUUGAUAUGUUCUUUACUCUAACACCCACAAUCCCUGAGGCAGGGGGAUUUGAUCAUGUUGCCAAAAAGGCCGUUUUGGUUGAUAAUGGACAAGGGAAGAUUGGAUUUACAACCAUGCCUGAUGUUGGAAAAUCUGUGGUAGCGGCCCUUCGUCACCCCUCAGAGUCAUUCGACAAAGCGCUCAAAGUUCAAUCUUUUGUUGUGACACAGCAGCAGAUCCUGAAAGAGCUUGAGAAGCAGACUGGAGGCGAGUCCUGGGGUGUUUCAAAUCACACUCUUGAUGAGUUGAGAGAGGCAGAGAAGAAGGGCUGGGCUGAAGGCAACCCUAGUGCGACUUUAUAUACACUUCGACGAAUUUGGUCUGAAGGUGGGACACUUUACGAGAAGACGGACAAUGAAAAGAUUGGAUUGAAGGACGAAGAUCUUGAGACUCUUGAGGAUGCUAUUCAUAGAAGACUGACAACUGGAUACUAG